AUGCUGACCGAUGGUGGGCAUGGGGUCGGCGUGCCUGUCGCGCUCCCCGUCGUUGGGGCCGGGCUGGUGCUGCUGACGGCCCUGCUGCACCUGGUGUUCGCGCUGUGCCCCGACGUCGGCGAGCGCGUGUUCUCGGGCGCCCGGGGCCUGGUCGACGGUCUGUGGGGCGGCGUUCGCGGGCCAGCCAUCGUGGCUUUGGCCCUCGGGGGCGGCGUCACGUUUGGCUGCUUCCGGCGCGAGCUGCGAGGGAUGUGGAGCCAGUGGCUCUUGCUGGGGCUCAUCGUGCUGGUUCUCUUCUCCGUUAACGCGAUGAAUACGGGCAUCGGCUUUGUGGCGAAUUACCUGACGCAAGCGAUGGUAGAGAAGGCGUCGGACACGUACUACAGAUGGCUCGAGAUCUACGCGAGCUGUUUUAUUGUGGCGCUGCCAGUGCUGACGAUGCAGUAUUACGUGCGGGCCAAGCUGGGCAUACUGUGGCGGAGCUGGCUGACAUGCCACCUGGUCGAGGGUUGGACGUCGCACAGGGCUUAUUAUGUACUCAAUGCGAAUGACGAGAAGGCCGCGGACGAGGGUUUUGACAAUCCCGACCAACGCAUCGCUCAGGAUAUUGAUACCUUCACCAGCAUGACACUCAACUACCUCAUCGGUACGAUCGACUCCUUGACGAGCCUGGGCAUGAAUAUCUUCGUGUUGUGGCACAUGAAUUCAACCGUCACGAAAGUGCUAGUGUCGUGGUCCAUUGGGAUGACUGCUAUCAUUCUCGUCCUGAGCAGGUACCUCGUAGGGAUCAAUUAUCGCCAGCUCAAGCUUGAGGCAGACUUCCGGUACAGCCUGGUGCACGUGCGCGACAAUGCAGAGUCCAUCGCGUUCUAUAGUGGCGAGGCGUCGGAGAGGUUGGAGAUACGCCAGCGCCUCGGCUCCGUGGUUGGGAAUUACAACAGUUUGAUCAUAUGGAAUGUGGGGAUUUCCGUGGUUAGCAAAAUGUACACUUACGGGAGCGUGUUUGUGCCGUUCGUCGUCAUGGGGCCUUCUGUUCUCUCGGGGGAGCUGACGUUCGGCGAUUUCAACCAAGCGCAGUUUACAUUCAGAAUGGUGGAGGGCGCGCUAGCCUUCAUCGCGGAUAGCAUCAGCAGUAUGACAGCCUGGGUCGCAGGCGUCGAGCGUGGAACGAUCUCAGUGGACUCCGAGGAGGAUGAAGACGAGGAGGACCAGAGCACGCCAAGGAAACACCAACGAUGCUUCAAAUACGCUUUCCGUCCCAAGGCCACUCCUCACAACUCCCCGAAGGCAGUAGUCCUCUUCACCACGGGACGCGCUCCCUGA